AUGAGUGAAGAGCAGCAGACCGUCGAUACGAAAGUAGUAGACAAUACUCUGUAUGACUAUCAGUCACCCAAGAAAGUUACUUUUAAACUCCUUGGUAACGAGACAAACAAACAAAUUCUCCAAUCAGAUUUGAGCAGAAAAUUGGGCUAUCAAACAGACACAGCUGAUGCACAACCAGAGCAAAAUUCCGUUCCUCCCCCAAACAGUAGGCUUAUUGUCCAACCCUCACAACCUCGGUACAAGAAAGGUAUGAAUGCAAAGUUCCUUCGACAGAAUCCUCGCUUCAUCAAUGAGCCCAUACGCCACAUCCUACCCAAUGAGAUGAGCACUUCAGUGGAGGAUUGUCUGCACUGGGAUCACGGGAAGGAUGAGGGUAUUCUGAGGAAAGCUACUACUCACAACUUGGACUCCACAUCUCAUUCUGAUUAUCAAUAUCUGCCUGGUAACCAAAGACCACCUCCUCUUCAUAAACACAUCACACUUGCUAAAGGAAUCGUUCCGCUAAUCAACGAGCCAUCACGCAUUUCUGGGGGCUCAAAGGUCAAGGAGCACAUAUCCUAUCAACACCAAUACAACUGCAGGACAGAACCCAGCGAGCCACUGAGGGGAAAGCUUCAUGGGAGUUUUGUAUGGAAACCGUCAUCUAUAAAUUCAACUGAACACACUGACUGAUGCAAUAAUACACAGUAGCAUGUAUGAUAAUUAUAACUAAGCUAUAAUCCCCGGGCCCCCCUUACUAUUUUCUUUGUGUGCACUCAUUAUCAUUGGAUAUCAAAAAUAAACGAUCACAA